CAGGCCCAUGGGCAGGCGGAACUUGUGGCAGCCGAGCAGACGAAGAGAUAGUCGGAUGGAAAACCAUGACAAGAUGCCAAACCUCGUGGGCUUCGAACAUGACUGUGACCAUUAACGACCUGUUGACGGUUAAAAUGGUGGGGUGGUGUUCGAUUCGAGUGCUCGAUUGCCAGGCAGAACAUCGAUUCCUGAAUCCGGCGAUGCACCUGGCGAUCGAUGACCAUCCAGUCCCGGUCACGGGGAAUUCCCGCGAUGCCGCUUCGCCCGUGCAGGCUGCGGAAUUUCAGGCCACUUUGGGGAAAAGAGGUGGAUAG